CCCCUCAACUGCUCCUGCGGGAUCCGCUGGCUGCAGCUCUGGCAGAACGGGAGCCGGGCUGAACUGGGCAACCAGUCCCUGGGCUGCUGGGAGGGCAGCAUACUGGUCCCACUGGGCAACCAGCCCCUCCGCGCCUGCGAGCCCCCAACUGUCCAUAUUGAGCACCCCGAGGUGUUGCUGCGCCAAGGGGACAAUGUCAACCUCACCUGCCGCAUCGCCUCUGAGCCACCGGCCACCGGGAAAUGGGUGCUGCCCGAGGUGGGACUCGAUCUGCACGUUGUCACCAAGAUCUCAGACUGGGAGAUCAUCUUGGAGAUCACCAACGUCUCCUCCAACCUCAACCACAAAGAGCUGACGUGCCGGGCAGAGAACGCGGUGGGGCCGGCGGAGGACAGCGUGAUGCUGAAUGUCACCUUUCCUCCCGUGAUCCUGCUCCUCCAUGAAGCCAUUCCCCAACACUUCUGGUGCAUCCCCUUCUCUGUGGACGGCAAUCCUCUUCCCAGUAUCCGCUGGCUUUUUAACGGCACCGCUUUGAUCGAAGGACCCUACAUCCACACCCGCAUCGUGGAGUACGAACACAACUCCACCGUCCUCCACGGCUGCCUCCAACUCAACCGUCCCACCCACGUCAACAACGGCAACUACACCCUCCUGGUCCACAACCCCCUGGGCUCCGCCGCCCGCAGCGUCCAGGGACGCUUCAUGGAAAAUCCUUUCAGCUUCAGCCCCGAGGAGCCCAUUCCCGUGUCUCUGUCUCCACUGGGCACCAGGAACAUCUCAUUGGAGGGGCCGGUGGAGACAACGGAUGAGCACACGUUUGGG